UAGUUUUCCACUUCAAGUUAGCUUCCGCUGAGCCAUGGUGGAUAGCCAAUUUGUGGGGCAGCGAGGGGUUAUGAUCGAUGUCGCCAUUUCGCGUGUGAUAGUUUUGAGCUUCCAUUGGCCAAUCGCAGGGUGGUGGAUGAGCUUCAACAAUCUUUCGGCAUGGAGACUGUGUAGGCGCUUAGAUAUAGACUUCGCACCCCUUGUUCAGGACGUCACUUCGCAGCUGGAGGUAGUUUUGGCCUACGUUUCGAAUCGUGUAAAGUUCGUCGUCGCCGCCGGGCCGGUUUCUACGCAUACAUAAGCUGCUACCAUGGCGCUUGACACCACACCCACCAACAAGAACCCACCCCUCCUCAUCGACGUCCGCACCCCAUCGGAAUUCUCGACAGGCUACCUAUCUCUCCAAAAUACACCCGCAAUCAACAUCGAGUACCAAGACAUACACCAAUUACCGCACAUCCUCCGCUCUCAACAUGGUAUCGAGGUGAGCAAGGACGACGAUAUAACGCUAUACUGUCGGUCAGGGAGACGGUCGGGGAUUGCGCUGGGGGUGUUGAGGGAGUUGGGGUAUGCGAGGGUGAGGAAUAUUGGGGGGUUUGAGGAAGCGAGGGAGGUGCUUGAGAGGGAAGAGAGGGAACGGGUGCAGAAGGGGAACGCGGUGGGGGAGGUGGGGUUUGAAGGGAGAACUGAGGAGGAUGAGGCGGCUGUGGCGAGGAGAAGAGAGGCGAGAGAGAAGCAGUUUGCGGUGUUGUUGCAGGGUUUGAGGGCGGAGUCUUGAGGGAAAGAAAAAUUUUCGAGGUUCAUUACUUGUGCUUGGUGAGAAUGGGGAGCCCAGACGGCUUCGGCAGAGACGGACGCCGCAGACGGAUAAGCGCUAGGUCCAGGGAUGCGACGAACGCGUAUGGGAGAAGAAAAGUGCUACGCAGGAAGGCGUGAGAGGGGAGACGCAAGAGUCCUCCGCACGCAUCGGGAACCGCCGCGGAGUCCUAGUUGUCUUAACAGGUGCUAGACUAUUUAAAAGAAGGGCAGCCUUUAUGGUUGAGACAACUGAAUGUUGCUGCGAUAGGACCUAGGUUGAGAUUUAAAGGGUUUGACGGAAGUCCUCGGUCGCCAGCGUGAAAGGACUUGAUCCACAUGUAGGCUUCGAAGUCAUUGACUACACAGUCCUCUACAGGAAUAGAGAUACAAUACCUCAGCUUGUUAGCCGACCAGAGAACAAAUGUUUCUACGAGUGGCGCAGCGCAGCCUGGUGAAGUGGUCAAGGAUAACGUCCCCGAG